AUGUGCACAUCUCACUCACUCCUUCUCACGAUCGCUUUCUCGUUCACACAUACUCUCUCUUUCUAUAUUUUUCUGUAUUUUUUCUUUUCUGUCCAGGUCUACACUGUUUCAAUCUAUCUAUCUAUCUAUCUAUCUAUCUAUCUAUCUAUCUAUCUAUCUAUCUAUCUAUCUCAGUCUGUUCAUAUCUAUCUAUCUAUCUAUCUAUCUAUCUAUCUAUUUAUGUGUCUGCGUCUGUUCAUAUCUAUCCGUGUCUAUUGGUUUCUAUCUAUCUAUCUAUCUAUCUCUCUAUCUAUCUAUCUAUCUAUCUAUCUAUCUAUCUCAGUCUGUUCAUAUCUAUCUAUCUAUCUAGCUAGCUAUCUUAGUCUGUUUCUAUCUAUCUCACUGUUCUUAUCUGUCUGUCUCAUUCUGUUCUUAUCUAUUUAUAACAGACUAUUAUCUAUCUAUCUAUCUUACUCAUUCUGUUCUUAUCUACCAUAUUCUGUUCUCUAUCUAUCUAUCUAUCUAUCUCAGUCUGUUCAUAUCUAUCUAUCUAUCUAUCUAUCUAUCUAUCUAUCUAUCUAUCUCAGUCUGUUCAUAUCUAUCUAUCUAUCUAUCUAUCUAUCAUCUAUCUAUCUAUCUAUCUCAGUCUGUUCAUAUCUCAGUCAUCUAUCUAUCUAUCUAUCUAUCUAUCUAUCUAUCUAUCUAUCUAUCUCAGUCUGUUCAUAUCUAUCUAUCUAUCCAUCUAUCUAUCUAUCUAUCUCAGUCUGUUCAUAUAUCUAUCUAUCUAUCUAUCUAUCUAUCUAUCAUUAUAUUGCUUAA